AUGGCGGUCACAGUGCUCCCUACUAGCUCCAUGCCUGACUCCGUCAAGCUGGCCGUUCGGUCAACAACAACAUGCUCGGAUACCACCGUGUUGUCCCUCCAAACUCUCCUCCGCGCAUCGUCGAACCUACCCGAGAAGCCCGCCAGGCGCACAACAAAAUCCCUCAAAGAUACGUCGAGGCCAACAAGUCGAGCGAAGACAACUAGGACAAAGACAACGUCCGCGAACGACGCGUUGCACGCAAUGGUCGAUCAAGAUGCGCCCCAAUUAUCCUCCCAAGAGAAGCUCGUUCUCGCUACGGAGGUCUUCAAUACAACACUCAAGACCCUUACGGACGCGUUAAAAAACACCACAAAACGUCAAGUCUCCACCUCCGAAAAGCCCUCCGCCAAGUCGACAUCGAGGUCCAGUCCCACCGGAGUGGAUGUGGGGGUGAUAUCCGCUGCGGAGUGCGCUAGAAUUGCCUUGUCGACAUUGCGAGCACUCAAAAAUGAACAGGGUACUAAGGAGUUCCAGAACAUGCAACUUGAGCAAGGUGUAUGCGUAUUGGCAGGGAAAUUGAUAUCUCUUGGACUGAACGACAUUGCGGUCAAGGAAUUGAGGUCUUUGAAAGGGAGAAUCCAGCAACACCUAGACAUGCAGAAGAUGGGAAAGAAGGCGACCAGCUCUCAUGAUGCGGUGGAUGAAGAAGCAGGGAAAGAACGCAUGUCAGACCUUCUGACCUUUUCGAAUAUUUCGAAUGCGCAAGCUCUUUACGGUCUUCUUGUUCCCUUCCAGGCGAAUGCGAUGCGACUCUUCACCUCGGACCGCAAGCCUUCGACUAUCCAGAAGCUGUAUCCCCUACUACAACUUUCUGAUCCUAGCAGCCCGGCCCAGAUCAUUCUCGCUGCUUUGAAGACCGGAAGUUUAUCGAAUGACAAGGCUGCUCUUCAGCUUCAGUUGCUGUCAAAUACCGUGCUCUCUUUGUGCUCUGGAAAGUCUUCCUCGGGCGAUGAAUCGCCAAGAAGCAAAGAUUCUCUCAAGCCAAUUACAGCCUUGGGUCUUCAACUACUGUCCUUGGAGAUCCGAUGCUUGUGGUGGAAGAUAGCGGGCCACGUAUGUGAUGAGAGCAAAGAGGUUUAUGACCCUCUUAUCCGCUACCUUGGAGCAUUUUCUCAUCGCAGCAAAGGAAUCGAGAAAGCCGAGUUUGGUGCAGUCUUCAAAGCGAUCACUCAAAUUCAAUCAUCGACGGCAGAGAUUAAGAAACACCCCCAGGCAAGCAAGGAUAUGAACUCAUUGGCCAAGAUUAUGACCCUUCUUGGCCAGCUCGCACUGGAUGCCAGUUGCUUUGAAGAAUCCCUGAAACUUUUUGGGAAAGCUGUCACCCCACUUUCAAAUUCACAAAGCCUUUCCUUGGCUACGGUUGAAUGUAAAAUUGCUUCUGUCUCUUUCCAGCGCUUGAAGGGAUGUGGGAAGUUUUUGGAUGCAGCGUUGAAAUCCUUAUCUGAAGCCACGAACGCUCUGGGCUUGCAACUUCGAGGCAGUGCAACUGACCUGGACGAGCUGCUGGUUGAGGCUGCUCGGCUUAAAAAGCUCGCCCUGUCUUGGUUCGGCGAGGUAAUCGCGCAGACAUUGGACAGUAAUGAGCAGAAGAAUGAAAUCGCUUUUCAAAUUCGGGAAUUUCUACAAGCAUUUCUUAGGUUUCUCAAGCGUUAUGUUGGACGACCACCAGCCGAGGACAGCAACGAAAAAGACCACGAUAUGUUCCAAACUCGAGUCUCCAUGUCUAAAAGCAUCGUUCUCGCUGCCAUUGACUCGGCUGUUGCGGUCGGGAGAUUAUCAAUCAUGUCGCAAAGACCGCCAUGGGACGACAUGAUCCCCAUUCUAGCGGAUUGUCAUCGCCUGCUUACUUGUAUCGAAAGCCCUGAAGAAGUCGGUCUGGAUACCUCCAGCAUCGGUUCAGGGCUUGUGAAACUCUCUAAUUUGUUUUGGUCUCGUUACAUUAAGGAAAAAGAGGCUGGUCAAGGUUACCGUGAGCUGCUGCCCCUUCUCAAGCAGUCUACUCAAAUAAUCUCUACUUGCUCGCCAUCGCUCCGAACCACCGCUUUUACUGCCCUGAAGUUUGAGAGGAUGGCCCAUCUUUACUUGGAGGGCAAUAUGCACAUGGAAUCAGAAAAAUCAUUUCGGCAAUCCAUCGCAGAGUAUGUUGAUUCGGGCACUCUACAACAAAUCACAGACAGCGGCAUGAAAACCUACCCUAAUUCGGGAAGUCAGGAUCCCCAAAGUCCUGCUUUCAUGCUCGGUCGGGUUCUCUCUGCGUUCCUGAAGGUGAACUUACGACGAAAAGGGUCCAAGUCUUCCAAUAUCUAUGAUGAUGUCGAGCUGGCCUCUGAACAAAGAGGCAUGCUUCUUGAGUGGCAGACGGGACUUCUUAUUGAUCUGCAUGCAUAUUGUUCGAGUGAAGAGGAGUUCCGGUCCACUUUUACGUCGAUUGUGUCCAAUCUUCUCGAUAUCUACUCCGACUUUCCUGUCCGUCAUAGCCGAGUGGUUCUUUCCGCUCUUCGAUAUUUACUAGAACACCCUGGCUGUUUAGAAACCACCCUUUCCGAAAGACUCAUGGAAGAAGGCACAGAAGCUUUGACAAGCGGAAUUGAAGUCGGGCAAGACACCGAUUUAGCACCCUUUACCCAACAUAUCACGAACUCUUUACGAAUUAUCAUUGGUUUUCACCGCGGGAAAAUAGAUGCGAAUGAUCUCGAAAACACCCUUGCAUCUUGGACCUCGAUGAUUCGACGAUGUCCAGAUGCAAACUCUUUGCUUCUCUGCGUCCAUGAUGUCGAUUACUGGGCUCUUCAACUGAAGGCAUUGGUUGACUACACGGAGAUCCACGGUCUUUGGAAAUCACAGCUCUCUGCCUUGGAGCUGAUACUUAGAGUGGCUGAACUUCAGAAAUCAACUGAUCUCUCGGAUGCAAUCACCAUUCUCUCGCGCUUGGUGAUACAGCAUUGCAGACUUGGUCAUUGUCAGAAAGCAGGUGACCUUCUCUCGCGCGGCGAACGAUAUCUUACCCAACAGGAGGUUUCAUCCCUAGCGACCAUAUCAUGCAAACUGGCACGAGUAGAAUAUCUUCUCGAGACAGACGAGAUAGACAAAGCUGCCUCCGUGCUUUCUUCCACAAAAAUACUGUACGAAAAGAGCCAGAAGUCAGAAGAGAUGAGCAAUCUAUCUGUGUUGUCGAAGAUUUCAUGGGAGAGACUUAUCGCGGAUGCUACCUUCAUACAAUCCCGCCUCUCGACUGCCCAGGGCUCAAUGACUGACGCCCUUUUCUUUGCCAAGCUAUCUGUGAGGCUCAACUGUCGGAUCUGGGCUAAAGUCGAGAAAUUAGCUCAACGGAAACAAGACAAGUCUUUGCCAGCCGGGAGAAGCUCUGAUGUUGACGCUGUCGCUGACAGUGUGGCCAAGCUUGAUCUAUCUCAGAACGGACCUUCUUCGGAUAUCUCAGCAAGCUAUACCCAAGGUGCGCCAUUUUGGCCACACCUUGGCUCACACCAUACUUGCUUAUUGAACCUCGCAACUUUGUCCGCCCACCAUGGCUUGUUCCAGGAUGCCAUUUACUACGGACAGCAGGCAUUGAAGAUUGAUAAGACACUUGACGCCAACGUUCGUCUUGUGGCUGCGCAGACUCAGCUUGGUUGUUACUGGACUCUCGGCGGCCAUGUCGACGAGGGACAAGAACUUCUUGUCGCGGCAUCGGAAUCUUCAAAGCAGAUCAAGACCAGCAUAGAGACCGUCUCCUUGCACAUGGCUCUUGCCUCUCUUUACAAAGCGCAGGGGCAACACGACAAGGCAUUACGUUUGCUCCAGGAAGCUGACAAGGCCAUAACAGCUGUGAAUUGCUCAGACGCAAAUAGCAUCUCACAAGCCCCAGAUUUUGCAAAUCUCGAAGAGAAGAUGGAGAAGUUGAGUAUGCGAAGUACUCGUCGAACACCAUCAACAAUUACUGCCGCUGGUAGUGGUCGGCGCACUCGUGCUACCACUUCUGCCACAAUCAACGCCAAGAAAGACUCAACGUCCAAAAAUCCGCAAGCAGAUGCUCAAUCGAGGUCGCUCAUGCGGUUGAAGAGCAAUAUUCUUCGUCAGCAGGCUGACUGCCUGCGUACACUUCGAGAUUACGAGCGCUCUGCACUCGCUCUUACUGAAGCCCGCCAAUUUGCUACGGCGCGCGAAAGCAAAGUUUCUCUCGAGAUUGGUGAAAGUGAGCACUUGUUGGCUGAGGCAAUUCGUCAGUUUGCAAGCCACGCGGUGUACUGCGUUCUGCCUGAGUCGACGAUUUCGCUGCCAUGUCUUAUGACACCGAGCAAAGCAGCAGACGGGCCAAGUCUCCAAACGGCGAAGCCUUCCACUGUCAAAAGAGCAAGGGCACCGACUAGAGGAACUCGGGCCAAAGCUCAAAAAGCCAGUGAAGAUUUCUCUAUUAUGCUUUCAAAAGCAACUGACUGCCUUGCCAGUGUCUUUACUGAUGUCACUCUACUUGGUUCCACAUUGGAGAGCCAUGCAGCAUCUCGAUUGAUGAGUCGGAUUUCUAUGCUUUCGCAUGCUACUACCCCGGGAAGCCCAGCAACCUGGGCGCAAUCUCCUGCGAUCAUGAAUGAGAUCGGACGUGUUGGCGCAUUUGCUCGCGAACGUAUGGCUAUUAACUUUGAUCGACAAUUGUCCGACUUUGCUGAUCCACUUCUGUGGCCUAAAUCUUCAUCAUUGACCACCGAAAUGGGUGAAGAAGUGUGUUCAAGCUUUACCGAACUUUACGUUGAUAUUCUACCUGAAGACUGGAACGUUCUGUCUUUGUCUCUGAGUGCUGAUGGGACUGAGUUUGUAGUCUCAAGACUACAGAAGAAUCGCUCUCCGUUUCUACUUCGUCUGCCUCUCCGGAGGGGCAACGUUGACGACGACGAAGAAGAGCAGUUCACGUUUGAAGAUGGCAAGGAAGAGAUGCAAGAGGUUAUCAAGUUGGCUAACGAGAGUGCACACGCUGCCAAGGCUCAAAUUGACAAGAAGAUGAAGAAAGAUUGGUGGAAGACUCGAGAAUCACUGGAUCGUCGAUUAGAAAGCCUCCUUGAAAAUAUCGAAAAUAUUUGGUUUGGAGGCUUCCGGGGUGUUUUUUCGCCGCUUGCCCGGGAUACCGCCGCGCUGUCUCGCUUUGCCAGUGCAUUCCAGGGGAUUCUGGAUAAGCAUCUUCCCUCUCGACAAAAGGGCACCAAAGCUUCAUUGCCUCGCCUGACUCUUCAUCAAACCGUUCUGGAGAUGUUCAUUGGGCUUCGAGGCCUCGAACAGUCAGAGGACCCUGAGGACACCUUGAUGGAUCUUCUCUACUUUGUAGUAGAUAUCUUACAAUUCCAGGGCGAGCGGAAUGCCUAUGAUGAGAUCGACUUCGACAUGAUGGUUGUCGAUACCCUUGAUGCCCUGCUUCGCUACCACGAAGCCGCACAGGACGAGCUUGCCUCGACCCCGCCUAGUCAUACAGUGCUGGUGCUAGACAAGACCCUGCAUCUCUUUCCAUGGGAAUCUCUACCGUGCCUUCAAGGAUACCCUGUCAGUCGCGUCCCAUCACUGCAAUGUCUUCGUGAGCGAGUGCUUCAAUUCCGUGAAAGUCGAUCUGGCGCCGUCGUUGAUCGGACGUCGGGUGCUUACCUCCUCAACCCGACAGGCGAUCUACGCACAACACAAACCACCUUUGAGGGAGAUCUCUCGGGACUUAAAACUUGGACAGGUGUGGUCAAUCGUGAACCAACAGAGGAUGAGUUCCGCGAUUGUCUGGAGAGUAAGGAUCUAUUCUUGUACUUUGGACAUGGCAGCGGUGCUCAGUACAUCCGUGGACGCACUAUCAAAAGAUUAUCCAAAUGUGGCGUUGCCUUCCUCAUGGGUUGCAGCAGUGGUACACUCACAGAGACUGGUGAAUAUGAGCCGUACGGAACACCCAUGAACUACCUUCAUGCGGGUAGUCCUGCGCUCGUGGCUACCCUGUGGGAUGUAACUGACAAAGACAUUGAUCGUUUCGCGUCAUCCACUUUCGAUACCUGGGGAUUGUUUGAGAAGGGAAAGUCUGAUGUUGGUCUAGACACAGCGAUCGCAGGAGCACGAAAAUCGUGCGUGUUGAAAUACUUGAAUGGGGCGGCACCCGUGGUAUAUGGAGUUCCGGUGUUUUUGGGAUAA